GUUUAUGACUCCAACCUUGUAGUCAAAAAACUUUAGUAUUUUGUUGGUGACUACUAAAUUAAAUAAAUUUCGUAUUUUGAUAAAAUUCAAUGUCUUAUUCAAUAUUAAUUUUUAAUUCAAUAUAAAAAUGUCGUUCGCACCAAAACUUCAAGAGGAUUCUAUCUCUAAAUUCUUGCAUGCUCUUCGGUCUGACUUUCGCAGUCUGUCUGCUGAAACCCGAAAGAAAUAUCCGCAUAUUAAAGAGGCUUGCGAAGAGGCUGUUUCUAAAUUAAACAAUGUUGGGAGCGAUGAACACAAUUCAAUCAAUUCAACCAUAAACCAGAUAUUGUAUCCCCUAGUUCAAGGAUGUGAAACAAAAGAUCCAAAGAUUAUCAAGUAUUGUCUUGGUAUGAUGCAGCGACUUAUUACGCAACAAGUUGUAGAUCAAAAAGGUGCUCGCUACAUAACUGAUUCUCUAUGGAUGCUGGUGGAGAAUAACAUCGACGAAGUGAAAGUACUUCAAACAGUAACACUCCUUCUUACGACGAAUACUAUUGUUUAUGGCGAAAAUCUGGCAAAAUCUAUUGUCUUAUGUUUUCGUCUACAUAAUUCAAAAAAUGCAACAAUAGUCAAUACAGCUGGAGCUACUGUUCGCCAAUUGGUUGCCUUAGUUUUUGAACGCGUUUUUCUAGAAAAACACGAAGCCGAACAUCAUCAACCACCCGUCAUGAAUAAUGCAAACAGAAGUAAUGAUUCUGCUUCUAGCAAAAUACCAACAACGAAUUAUGAGCUAUACCCCUUGGCGUCCGAUGCAUAUAUGCUUUUUCAAGAUCUCGUACAACUUGUGAACUCUGAUCAACCUUUCUGGCUUUUUGGCAUAACGGAACUAAGCAGAGCGUUCGGCUUAGAGCUGUUAGAAACGACACUCGCAAAUUUUAGCUCAGUUUUUCACGAUUUCUCAGAAUUUACAGUACUUCUAAAGGAACGUGUUUGUGCCCUUGUUAUAAAACUAUUUUCACCCAAUGUUAAACAUCGGCAAAUUCAAACAGCCAAUACUUCAAACAUACCUCAAGAGAAACCAUACUUUCCAAUAAGCAUGCGUCUACUAAGGCUAGUUGCAAUUUUGAUUGAGAAAUAUCAUACUCUUUUGGUAACUGAGUGUGAAAUAUUUCUGUCAUUGAUUGUAAAAUUUUUGGAUCCCGACAAACCUAACUGGCAACGUGCCUUAGCUCUCGAAGUUAUUCAUAAAAUGGUGACCAAGCCUCAUCUCAUUUCAUUUUUUUGUAUGUCAUAUGAUCUAAAGAAUCAUGCUACAAACAUUGUUAAAGACAUGAUAAACGCUUUAGGAAUUUAUGUUCGUCAUUCUUUUAUACAUGUUUCAUCGGUUUUUAAUGGAAAUGCAAUUAGCGUUGGAAAUGUUCAAAAUGCCAAUAGUAGCGGAAAUGCCUUACAACAAUCUGGGUUUAUGUUCAGAGGAUAUUUUCUGCCAUUAGCUGCAAAGUUUGAGCCUAGUACACCAAAAUCCGUUUAUUUGGAAAUGUUGGACAAGGCCGAACCUCCAACCAUACGUGACGGUUAUGGAAUCUCUUUAGCAUACGCCGUUCUUUUAGAUGUUACAACAUCAAUUUCUAUAAUUAUAAAAAGUUGUACAGAUAUUCCUAUGGAUUGUAAUGAAGACCUGGAAAGAAAGGGCAGCCAAAAUGCCCUUUACGUACAGUUAGUACAAUCCAGCUGGUCUGGAUUGUUAUCCGCAUAUGUUCCGCUUGUAGAUGCAGCUGUCGAUGAAAGCACAACGGAUAAUAUAUUGAAGGCGAUGCAAAAGUAUUCUGCACUUUGCGGGAUGCUUAAUUUACUUAACGCUCGUGAUGCAUUUAUCAUAUCGAUUUGCAGAUCCUCCUUUCCGCCACAUUAUGCUUUAUCAAUAUUCAAUGGAGUCCAAUUAGAUGUUGAUUUAAGAUGUCAUACAAAAAAUAAGAGCCAGGAUAUAAAUAAUCACAUCCCAGGGUCUAGCAAUGAGACUGACUUUAGACAACAAAUUGUGGCAGUUGGAACACCAUUACCUAGUGCUUCCCUACCCCAAAAUAUUAUGCAAGCUCCUGUCAUGUUGACAUCAAAAAAUUUACAAUGCAUGCGAGCAAUACUGUUUCUUGCUCAUAAUCAUGGUGACAUUUUGGGUACUUCUUGGCAGAUUAUCCUUGCUACUCUACAACACCUAGUUUGGAUUCUUGGAUUGAAACCAUCAACCGGUGGUAGCCUUCAGGCAAUUCAAAAACCCGCUGUUGAAAACGUUGGUAUUCAGACUGCUGUAAUGGCUGAUUUACCUGUUUUAUCUCAAAUGUUAAGUGAACUUUUUGAAUCCAGCAAAAAUUUAGAUGAUGUUGCUCUACAUCAUUUGAUAGAUGCUCUUUGUAAACUUUCGCAGGAAGCAAUGGAGCUUGCUUACACUAAUAGAGAGCCCUCAUUGUUUGCAGUGGCCAAGCUUCUAGAAACUGGUUUAGUCAACAUGGCACGCAUAGAAGUGCUUUGGCGCCCGCUGAGCAAUCACCUAUUAGAGGUCUGCCAACAUCGACAUAUUCGAAUGCGGGAAUGGGGUGUAGAGGCCAUUACGUAUUUAGUGAAAUCUGCAUUGCAAUUUAAACACAAUAUACCAUUAAAGGAGAACAAAGUGCUUCAAACUAUGCUACUAAAUCCACUCUCAGAAUUAUCAACAGUACCACAUGCAGAUGUUCGACAAAGGCAAUUAGAUUGCGUUUUACAAAUUUUAAAUGGCUCUGGUGAUAUACUUUCUUUUGGUUGGCCAACAAUAAUCCAAAUUAUAGGUGCUGUCAAUGAUCGUCAAGGUGAACAACUCAUUCGAACAGCAUUUCAGUGUCUACAAUUAGUAAUAACUGAUUUCUUACCAAUAAUACCAUGGAGAUGUCUACCAUUAUGUAUUAGCACCGCAUCAAAGUUUGGAUCACAAACGCAGGAACUUAACAUUUCUUUAACAGCUAUUGGCUUGAUGUGGAAUAUUUCAGAUUUUUUUAAUCAAAACCAAGAAAAGUUAAUUUCAAUGGAAAUAGAUAAAGCUUUCAUUUUGCCAGAUUUUCCAGGAGCAUUUAAGAUGCCACAAUUUGAUAAGCUUUGGAUGUGCUUAUACGCAAAGCUAGGUGAGCUUUGUGUUGACCUUAGACCUGCUGUUAGAAAAUCUGCUGGACAAACAUUAUUCUCCACAAUAUCAGCACAUGGAAGUCUCAUAAAUGGUCCAACGUGGCAAGCUUUGGUAUGGCAGGUCUUAUUUCCCUUGUUGGAUAAUGUUCGAACCUUAUCAAGUUGUGCAAGUAAUGAAAAAGUGGAUCUUAGCAGUAAUAUCCUUAUUCACCACUCAAGAAAUACGGCUCAAAAGCAAUGGGCUGAAACACAAGUUUUAACGCUUUCUGGAGUUUGCAGGGUCUUCAAUAGCAAACGUGAACUUCUUCAAGCUUUAGGAGACUUUGACCGAGCCUGGGCACUGAUAUUGGAAUUCAUACAAAAUACAGCUUUAAGUAAAAAUGGGGAAGUAUCACUUGCAGCAUUGAAAUCUCUGCAGGAGAUCAUGUAUCAUAAUUCUGACAAACAUACUAGUUCAAAUGAAAAUAUUGUCCAGCUGCAUGACAAGUUGUGGGAUAUUGCGUGGAAUGUAUGGGUGAACAUUGGGUUGGAAAGUACCAAACUUCCUGUAAAUUCAAAUGAUUCAACGGAUGAAUUUUACAUUCCUAAUCAGGCGUUUCUUACUGCUUUGGUUCAAAUUUUCCCAGCAAUUUUUCAACACAUUUAUCCAAGAUUUACGGAGUCGGAUUUUGAAAAAUUAUGUUUAGUUAUAAAUAAUAUUGUAACAAUACCAGUACAAACGGAUUCUGUUCCUUACGUUAUGUCCCCGAUGUGUGAUUCUCUACAGACACUUUUGCAUGAUGGUGUCCUAGAGUGUAUUGAAUUGGUACAAAAGGAAGCAACAUCCCCAAACACAACGAUUCAGUGUAUGAUUCCAACGAUUUUUAAACAGUUACUUCUGCUAAGCAAAUUUGCGUGUGCUCCACCUGUUUGGCGAGGUUUUGAAGAAAAACCAACAAAAACGCAGAAUUCUUAUUCAAGUACAACUUCAGUUGAAUUAGUAAGCAUGAAUUACAUUCCAUUUGGAGAAAAGGCUAUAAGUAUGUCGGUUAAAUUAUAUCAAAAAACAGCGAACGAAGAUUUUGUUAUACGAGAAGGAGUACUUCAUGAAAUAAUAAAAGUCUUACGAACUCCACUUGCCAUGAAGUACAAAUGUUUGUCAUCAACCACUUGGAAAUUAGCCAUUUCCAGCUUAAUAUCAAUACUAAACACUGGUUUGAAAGUCGCUAUCUCGAAACCCGAUAAUUUUGUUCGAAUGUGGGAUGAUCUGGCAGACACAAUAGACGAGUUUUUGUUUCCACGAAGCAUUUGCACUGUUGAAGACCGUGGCUUGGAAGAAAUUGUUAUUGACGAAACAAUCGAUUGUCAAAUGAUCGAACUUCUACGUGACGAAGUUCUCCCAUACUCUCAUGUUAUUCCACAUCAAUUUAUUAUGAAAAUAGUUGUCCUGCUGAAUAAAGGAUCAAUACAUUCAGCUUCAGACUCAAAUAUUUGUUACGAAGCUGAUUGGAAGAUAAGAGAAAUCUUUGCAAAAACAUGUUUUGAAACUCUGUUGCAAUUUUCGCUUCUAGAUGGUUCGUGCAAUAAUAACAGGAAUGUAGCUGUUUCAACAGGUGGAAAGGAGUUUGCUGGAAGAUUAGCAGUUACGGCUUUGCUACAUAGAUUUCAAGAAGUUUUGAAGCGUUUCAGUGAUGACGAAAGACAAAGUGGAAAAUGUCCAUUAUCAAGAUUUAGGCUUUCUGAAGUUUCAUUUGUUUUAAAAGCAAUAGCUACUUUAAUAGUGUCCAUGAAGAAAGCACCUCUAAACAAAGUUAAUAAAUCAGCAUGGGAUCAACUGAUUGGACUGUAUCCAUAUCUUGUAGACUGCACAACAACAACAUCCCCAGAAGUAUCACGAUCCUUGAGAGAAGCUUUAUUACAAUAUACAGAGCUAUUGCAAGCCCCAAGUUAUAAUCACGAUUUAAGAAACAUUAGUAACAUUCAAGAAAAGGAAAUACAAAACUAGCACGCAUACCUAAUCUUUGUAUUGGCAACUCUAAUGUUAAAGUGAGCAACUAAAUUUCUACAUCGGUCUUAGUGGAGUAACUGAAGCUAAAAAAAUAAGUACCUACAUAUUUUGUUUUUAUUUGUUUUCAGACUGUAAUACCUAAUAUGAUGUUUUUCACUUCUGA